UGUGGCUGCAACAAACGUCCUCUGAUAAAAACAAAAGCUCAACGUUUUUCAAACAAUGAAUGUGCUGCCUGUUGCCUUUUAAGUUGUUGGCCAUUUUGUUUUUUGCCCUGGCUAUUGCAGGGUCCAAGUCAGGAUUAUCUGCACUGUGCAAAUUGUAAAACAUUCCUCGGUUUAUAUGAUCGCAAUACUAAUUGUAUACAACCAAAUCGUUUGUAUAUCACAAUCGAAACAAAUGAUCAGUGUGUUGUCAAGGAUGAAAACAGUGCGACUAAUGAAAAAGCUGACAAACUAUUGGAUAAUGAAUCACCACCUCCCAGUUCAGCUGGUGAUGAUAGUGCUAAAGUAAAACGUUUACCCUCCAUUAUCAUAGAUGGUAAAGAACUAUCACCCGAUGUGGUGGCACGCAUACAGAAAUUUAAAAAAUACGGUUCUUUAGCUGGCAUAGAUUUAGAUGCUUUAACCAAUCCGUCGGAUUCCCCAAAUUCAACUAAACGUAUUGGUUCCUAUAGAGAAAAUCAAAAAGCUCCAUCUAAUGGCAAAGCGAAUAAGAAAAAUGUUGUAAAGAGUGCUUGAACUUGCUAAAUGUAAAUGUUGUGUUACAUGCAGUCAGCUUUCGGUGUACUAGAGCUUUGUGCGUUAUGUUAAAAAUGUUUGCUGAUGAUUUAAAGCUUUUAUGUAAAAAUUAACAGAAAUGUUAAGGUGCUGCGAGUAAUUACCUGAUUUUAAAAAUAAAAUAAUUA